AUGAUGAGGACUUUUGGUAACUUGUCGAUCAAGUUCUGUUUCUUGGCAGUGUGGUCGCCAUACGAGAUCUCUUCCACCAUCGAAAACUUCUCAAAGGCAGUGUAUAGGUCGUGGGUGUCAUUGUUGCUGAUCUCUAAUUGGACGUGCAUGAAUGGGUCCAACGUGAUGGACGAUUUUUUGCUAUUUGGAAGCUGCAGAAUCGAGCGGAAGUUUCCACCAAACAGUUCCACCACAGGCGACGGUUUGAUGUCCACUUGUCUCUUCACGGCCAGCUUCUGGUUUGCGCCAACUUCCAUCCAUCCGUUGUCCUCACUCUGCGAUGUACCGUUCACUUGGCCAAUUUUGAUCAUCUCUAGAGCUGAAUUAAUUGAUUUCAAAAUCGAAGGGUCUGUGAUUGAGGUUUGCAGAUCGGUCACUUCCUUGUCCGUCAAACGAGAAAUGCUCUCGAGGAAUUCUUCGUGUAGACCGUCUAAUAAAUAG